AUGCGUCUCGAAGCGAGCUCCAUCUUCAUCGCCCUCGGCGGCGGCCUGGUCCGCACCGCCCAGGCCGCCAGCAGCACCGUCCAGCUCGUCAACGACACGGGCUGCGGCUGCUUCCUCACCAACGGCAGCGAGCCAACGUACUACGCCCGGCACAUGUUCUUUGACUUUCGCAGCUUGGGCCAGUACGCGCGCGUGCCGGACAUCAUCACCAACGACACCGUCGCGUCGUACUCACCCCCCACCAGCGACUUCUUCGCCAGCGACCGCUGGAACGACACCUGGCAGGUUCAGGGCUGGAGCAACAGGAACAGUAGCGGCGGUCAUGGCGAAGGCAAAGGGGGUCUCACCGGCGACGCCACGGUGCUGAUGGUCAACUCCCCCAGCAACGUCUACAUCGAGAAGAACAACGACAGCGGCGCCGCGUCGGACACGCACUUGACGCUGCGCACGAAGCGGCUCCAGGGAUUCCAGACGGCGGCCGAGUUCCAGGCGCAGGACUCGCACUACCGCUUCCUCUCGCUGCGGAUGCUGGCCCGCACCGUGGGCGACCCGGGCGCCGUCUCCGCCAUCUUCACCUACCGAGAGGCCCAGUCGCUCACCGACGUGCAAGAGGCCGACAUCGAGAUCCUCACGCGCGGGCCCCGCAACAAGAUCCAGUACACGAACCAGCCGUCGUACCAGGACCAGAGCGGCGGCGGCGACCACAACGGCGACGGCACGGGCGCCGACGGCGACGACCCCAAGGCGACGCGCAACGCGACGAUGCCGCACGGCCUGCGCUGGACCGACUGGGCCGUGCACCGCCUCGACUGGACGCCCCGGCGCAGCGUGUGGUUCGUCGACGGCGUCGAGGUCGCGAGCAUCGACUUCCAGGUCCCGCGCGACGCGUCCGGCCUCAACAUCAACUCGUGGAGCGACGGCGGCCAGUGGAGCGGCAACAUGAGCGUCGGCGGCGAGUCCAAGCUGCAGAUCCAAUGGCUCGAAAUGGUGUUCAACACGACGGACGACGGCGACGCGCGGUCCACGAACAAGCAGCGGAAGCGUGCCGCCGCGGGAGACGCUGGGUGCAAGGUCGUGUGCAGCAUCGACGAGACCAAUCGCACAGGCACCGCAGCCAAGCUCUGGGAGGGCGCCGCCGCCGCGAGGCCCUCGUCGACUGCCGCAUCUACGGUAUUUUGGCUUUUUGCGUGUGCUGUUGGCACGGCGAUGUGGCUGUCGGCAGUUUGA